CGACAAAAUUGAACAAUGGAGAAAUUUAUUAGUUUAUUAGUUUUUUGUACAUUGUUUUUCAAUGUACAGAAUUCUAUGAUCGAAGGUUAUGAAAAUCUGCCUGAGAUAGAUGCUUGGUGGGGCCCGAAAGAUGAACAAGCAAACCAAGAUACCAGCAUCAGACCAUUUAAAGUCAGAUUUGAAGAUGAGAUGGUUGAAGACCUAAGAUACCGUCUGAAGAACCACCGUCCUUUUACCCCGCCUCUAGAAGGCUCAAACUUCACGUAUGGCUUCAACACCAAUAAUAUGGAGAACUGGGUUAACUAUUGGGCUGAUUCCUACAACUUUACGGAGAGGGAGGCGCAUUUCAACAAAUUCCCUCACUACAAGACCAACAUCCAAGGUCUUGAUAUUCAUUUCAUUUGGAUUAAACAAGAAAAUGUCCCGGCUGGUGUUCAAGUGAUCCCAAUGAUGAUGUUACACGGCUGGCCUGGAUCCAUCAUGGAGUUCUAUAAGGCCAUUCCAUUACUGACUGCAGCUUCUGAAGACAGGGACUACGUGGUGGAACUUAUUGUGCCAAGUUUGCCGGGAUUUGGAUUUUCACAGGGAGCAGUUCGCAAAGGUAUGGGAGGAUCAGAAAUAGCCGUGGUCCUGAGAAACUUGAUGCACAGGAUCGGUCACCAGAAGUUCUACCUCCAAGGGGGAGACUGGGGCUCACACAUAUGCAAACUUAUUGCCACUCUGUUCCCUAAUGAGGUUCUGGGCUAUCACACAAACUACGCCAUCUCAUACUCUCCGGCUCCUUACGCGAUGUGGAUCAUGGGCUCCAUCAACGAAGCCUUCCAAUCUCUGGUGGUAGAGCCUCAGGUAGCGGACAGAUUGUACCCAUUCCUUAAUUUCUUCAAGGGAUCCCUCUUAGGAAACGGGUACAUGCAUCUGCAAGCCACGAAACCUGAUACCAUUGGUGUAGCCAUGUCUGACAGUCCGUCUGGUCUUCUCGCCUACGUCCUCCAGAUCGUAUCAUCUGCCACCCGUAGCGACUACACAAACCGGGAAGAUGGCGGCCUUUACGAGAAAUACACACAAGACGAGCUUAUUGAUGACCUUAUGGUAUACUGGGUCAACAACGCCUUUACCACCGCUAUCAGAAUUUAUUCGGAGACUUACAAUGUUAGGAAUAUCGAGAUGGGUGUUCUGGCGAUACCAACAAACGUGCCAUUAUGGCUGCUACAAGGGAAGAGCGAGCUCAGGUAUCAAUCCCCGAAAAUGUUACAGUUCAAGUACACAAACAUUUUAAACACAACUGUUUUGGACACCGGUGGACACUUCUUCGCCUUGGAGUUACCUGAAAUUUUCUCAGACAACGUUUUAACUGCCUUGACAGCCUUCAGGCAGUAUUGGAGCAACAAGAUUGGAUGCGUGAAAAAAAUUGAACCAUUAAACCCGGAAACCAUUGCUAGGCCUAUUAUCGACUUUGCUUGCAAACAUUUUCCAUUAGAUUCUCAUCUGAAGAAAAACUGAAUGCGUGGAUUAGCUGUAACUUUUUUAAAUGAUAUUUGCGACUGUUGCCUUUUAUUUAUCGCCAGCUGUAUUAAGUAAAACGUUGUUUGUUUAUGGUUUA